AUGCCGUGGUCUUUUGCCUUGCCUCAGGCUAUCUUCACAUCGCCGCUGCUUGCGGUCGCGACGCCCAUCGCUGUGGGCACCGCGUCUGCGUUACUUACCAACCGCACAAACACCAAAGAAACCUACCACAAACUCCACCAACCACCCUUCAGCCCACCAGCCUGGCUCUUUGGCCCAGCCUGGACCCUCCUCUACGGGCUAAUGGGCUAUGCCUCCCACCACGCAACAUCACUAGCAUCUCAGUCCCUCCUCCCCGCCGUCCACGAAGCCAAUCGCGCCGCGCAAACCCUCUACACCACACAGCUAGGACUGAACUUUAUCUGGAUGCCGCUGUUCUUCGGAUUGGGCCGACCAGCUACGGCGUUGGUUGAUAUGGUUCUGCUUAUUGGGAAUGUGAGUCUUUUGAUGGCGAAUUGGUGGGAUGGGGAUCGCACGGCGUUUUGGUUGAUGGCGCCGUAUUUGGGGUGGUUGGGCUAUGCGACGUAUCUGAAUGCCGGUGUGGGGUAUUUGAAUGGGUGGACUUUGUAUGGGAAGGAGAGGGAGGAGUAG